UACUAAUGAAUUAUGCCCUCUAUAAAUCAUUGUACUCCAAUUAAGGAUAAGUACUAAGUUCUUGAACUAAAAUUACCUCAAAUACCCCUCCUUCAUAUUUUCCCACCGCCUUCCUAAACCUCAAAUUUCACCGGCAAAAUGACCUCCGACGCAGGAGUUCCAUUACUUCCGACUAACUCGAACAACGAUAUAAAAAUCUCCGAUAAAGCUUCGAUUUCUGGAGCAGUUUUUAAUGUUUCGACAACUAUGGUGGGUGCCGGAAUUAUGUCCAUCCCGGCGACUUUUAAAGUUCUCGGAGUUUUCUCGGCCUUGUUUCUGAUUGUCGUUGUCGCUUUUUUGGCGGAUUUAUCUGCGAACUUUCUGCUUCGCUUUACUAAUUCAGACGAUACUAAGUCAUUUUCCGGUGAAACAAUGACCUAUGGCGGUGUUAUGAAGGAGUCGUUUGGGUCGAUUGGAUCUUUGCUUGUUCAGAUUUCUGUGAUCAUCACUAAUUGGGGUUGCUUGGUCGUUUAUUUGAUUAUUUUGGGAGAUGUCUUCUGUGGAAGCGAGCGUGGAGAGACCCUACAUUUGGGUAUCUUACAGGAGUGGUUUGGCUCUCAAUGGUGGAAUACUCGGCCUUAUGCCCUUCUCGCCAUUGUUGUUUGUGUUCUUCUCCCCCUAGUCCUUUUUCGUCGUGUUGAAUCCUUGAAGUAUUCCUCUGCGUUAUCUAUCUUGCUAGCUGUGUUCUUUGUUUGCAUUAGCUUGGUGAUGGCAAUUUCUGCACUAAUUCAAGGUAAAACUGAGAAGCCUAGGUUGUUCCCGGACUUGAAUGGUCAAUUCUCAUUCUUCAACCUCUUCACCGCAGUUCCAGUAAUUGUGACUGCUUUUACAUUUCAUUUCAAUGUCCUUCCGAUCACUUCAGAACUUGGGAAUCCGUCUAAGAUGGAAAAAGCACUGAAAAUUUCUCUGAUACUAUGUGUAGCAAUCUAUUUUUCCAUUGGCUUAUUCGGGUACCUUUUAUUUGGAGAUACAAUUGCAUCAGAUAUACUUGUGAACUUUGACAGGUCGUCCGAGAGCCCUUUACUCAACGAUGUGGUACGAUUGAGCUAUGCACUUCACCUUGUGCUGGUUUACCCUAUGGUUAAUUUCCCUCUAAGACUGUUCAUCGAUGAACUCGUGUUCCCUAAAAAGCCGGUUUUAGCCAAUGACAACUUCAGAUUCUUUUCUCUCACUUCAGUCAUACUUUCCCUGUCCUACUUAGCUGCCAUUGUCAUUCCUGAUAUAUGGAUUUUCUUUCAGUACGUUGGUUCUACUGCUAUUGUUUUGAUCGUAUUCAUUUUCCCGGCCGCAAUCACUUUGAGAGAUGUUCGCGGUAUAUUCUCAUUACAAGAUCAAAUUAUUGCUGUGAUAAUGGUGAUUUUGGCAGUGCUUACCAGCACAAUUUCUAUCUCGACAAACAUAUACAGUGGAAGCGAGUCAUAGAACGAGGGUUGAUAGGUCGAUCCCAACCGCCCUAAGCAGCCAUGUAAGGCAAGCUUCUACGGUACAUGAACCACCAGAACAUGGCGUAGGCCUGUUUUGUUGAUCUCGGAUACCAAAUUAUACUCCAUUCGAUGGUGUUAUUGUACACAUUUUUGUAUACUUAUGUAUUAUAUGUGAUCUAAGUGGUAAGAUGUAGAUAUGGUUGAUUUUUAGUACCAAAUGUUAUUCCAUUGAUGGCAUUAUUUUCCGUGUGUAAUUGUAAUUGUUUCAUAUACAAGAGCGAAAAGAGAAGAUGUUUACUUACUG